AUGACAAGAGUACGAAACGACCUGACACCCUUGCUGUUCACAUUUCCUGGGAAAAAGAAAAACCCUGAGGAUAGAAAGAAAUGGCGUGUUCUUAUCAAUCGUCAAAGCAAAACCAAUAAAUUAUGGAGCCCAGGUUCAAAGUCCAGGGUGUGCUCAGAGCAUUUUGAAGAAGGCUGUUCCUAUCCAACCAAAAAUUUGGGAUAUGAUGCAAGAGAAAAAAUGUUCAAACUUUUUCCAUCACCGAAGAGGAAACGUAGACGGCUGGAUUAUGUAGAGGAGGUGCCAUCAGACUUAUCACAGGUACUUCCUCCUGAAUCAACUGAUGAACAAGAUGUUAGUAACUCUGGUGUUAAUGAACAUAGAGAACAUGGCAUGUCUGAAUUAGUGGAUGAGAGUGUAUCAUCACAGAUAAGUGAGCUGCAGAAAAAAGUAGAGGCUUUGACUUUAGAGAAAGAAGCUUUAAGCAACACUUUGGAUGAAUCCCAGAAAGUUGCCAGAAGCCUAGCCUCAGAGAACAAAUCAAAAAGCUGGAGAAUAAAAGUUUUACGUAAAAAAAUGUUAAACGACCAAAAAAGUUGUCAAUGCAAACAGCCCUUGCACACAGUUCUCUUAAAAAGUGACAGUGAUGUGACAUUCUACACUGGACUCCCCAACAAGGCUUGUUUCGAUUCUGUUCACCAGUUGGCAUCUCCAUAUUUGAAAAAGAGGUGGUUUGGUAAAAAGAAAUCAAAAGUUGGAAGGCAAGGUUCAAAAUCAUCCAAAAUAGGACGAAAACCAGCUCUUUCUAGCACAGAUGGGAUGUUUUUAACAUUGUUAAAACUUCGACUUGGUCUAACUGAAAAAGACUUGGCAGCAAGGUUUAAAAUCGCACAGAGCACUGUGUCUGCUAUUUUCAAAAGCUGGGUGCGGUUGCUAGCCAAAGUACUUGGAUGUCUUAUAUUUGUGCCAGAUCAAGAAAGCUUGAAUGUUACCCGCCCUAAACGCUUUGACAAUGCUAAACAUGUUUCUCAAAUUAUUGAUUGCUUUGAAGUGUUCAUCGAGACGCCAAAGAGCUUGGAACUUCAAAAACUUACAUGGUCUGAAUACAAGCAUCAUAACACUAUUAAGUUUUUGAUUGGAUGCUUACCCAACUCAAAUGUAUCAUUUCUGUCAUGCUCAUACCCAGGGGUCAUUUCUGACAAAAAAAUCGUGAAAGAGUCUAAUUUUUUGGACACAUGCCCCAGGUAUUCUUAUAUUAUGGCUGACAAAGGCUUUAGCAUCCAAGACGACUGUGCAGCUAGAAAUGUUGGUUUGUACAUCCCCCCUGGAAAACGUGGGUGCUACCAAAUGUUACCUGCAGAGAUAAAAAAAACCAAACGCAUUGCUAAUUUAAGAAUUCUUAUUGAACAAGUUAUUCGACAAGUCCGCAGUUUUAAGAUCUUGGCUCAAGAGGUUCCACUUACAUUGUUACCAUGCAUAGAUGAUGCAGCAGUUGUGUGUGCAGCCUUAACAAAUUUCAAAAAACCAAUUUUCAAGGACUAG